UGGGCAUUGAAGGUCGCUAAGACCCCCUAGUAGUAAUAAACUGUUAGCAAAUUUAUUUCUUUAUAUUUCGUGUAUUAUACAUUAAAAUUGGAUGGUUAAGUAUAUUUUGAAUGGAAUGAAUUUGACUUGUGUAGGGUUCAGUGAAAAGGAAGGAAUAAAAUGAGAAGUUCGAAAUGGCAGCCAUUCAAAAAAUGCCGACAAGGGAUAAUAACUGUUGCUGUUAUUUUUUUCGUACUGCAGAUUUUAAACUCCUUACUAUACGUGUAUUUACUUGAAACAUCUAGUAAAGUGGUACAAUGCAAAGGAUAUGGUCACGUGUAUGAAGAAGACAAUGGGGGGAACAACACUGAUUUGGAAAGUGUCAACUACUUUCAACUACAAGUCAACAGAAAAACGGCUUUGAUACUCGGCCAUUUCAGACAAAACAAAAGUUAUUUAACAAUCGGGAUACCAACUGUGUGGAGGAAAGGCGUCAGUUAUUUGGACGCAACAUUGUCUUCAUUAAUUAAGAACACCCAUGAAAAUGAAAGGCAAGAAAUUGUAUUAGCUAUAUAUUUGGCAGAUCAAAACCAAACAUGGAUAAGAAAAACAGCAUACCGUUUAAAGCACAAGUAUGCAAAUCAUUUGAAGUCAGGCUUUAUGCAAGUAUUUCAUUAUCGUGAAAACCUAUUUCCAGAUUUUAAGUCUCUGCCUAAAACUUUUAACGACACACAAGACAGAGUUAAAUGGCGGAGCAAGCAGAAUAUCGACUAUGCUUUUAUGUUCAUGUAUUGUAAAAAUAUAUCAUAUUACUAUAUGCAGUUGGAGGAUGAUGUUGAAGCUUCUCCUGAUUAUUUUGCAAAUAUGAAAUUUUUCAUAUCAAAUGCAAACUUACAAAAAGAAUGGUUUUGUUUGGAAUUUUCAAAUCUAGGAUUUCUUGGUAAAUUAGUUCGUAGCAGUGACCUACAAGAAAUAGCAAAUUUCUUACUGAUGUUUUACUGGGACCAACCUGCCGAUAAUUUGUUCAAUUAUCUUAAACAAAUAAAAACACAAUUUACGGAUAUUAGGCGAAGACCGUCUCUUUUCCAACACAAAGGUGUGAUAUCCUCCCUUACUGGGAAACACCAGUUUUUACAGGAUUCCUCGGCAAAACGUUCAUUUUCUAGGAAACGAUUCUACAAUCUAAAUCCUCGAGCCGACGUCUCAACCAAUAUAGAAACAUUUGAAGAUCAUACACCAGAGAAAGCCUACGAUCUUUCAGAUGAUUAUUUUUGGGGAAUGUCUCCAAAGAUAGGAGACCAAUGUGUCAUCAAAUUUUUCAAUCAAGAGAAUAUAACUCGUCUAUAUAUAGGAUUUGGUCUUCCACAAAGAUCAAAUGAUAUUUUUUAUAAUUGCGAUGUCAAAGUAUCCAAAAACUGCAAAGAUUGGUCUAUAAUUGGGAAGGCAAAUGGGAAUUUGUUCGACACAAACGACCAAAAGAUACAUCUUCCAACCAAUGUUAAAUGUAUUCUAUUGAAUGUGACAGCCAAUCAAAGUAACUGGGUUGUCAUUAGAGAAAUAUCUGUCUUCAGAAAAGGAGACGUUGUGAUCGAGAACCCGUCACAUUCAUCAAACAAAAAUUUCGACAAAGUACAAUUUGUAGCUCAAGAGUUAAGAAACCGCAUGCAAAAUAAUCCGAUUUAUGCACAGCAGAUGCAAAAAAUGCAUUUUAAUGCAAUGCAAUUUCAAGAAGAAAUUUUUCAGAAAACAGGUGGUCGGAAUAACAAACCAUUUCAAAGAAUGCCCGCAAUUCAACAGAGAUUUCCUGCUGCGAACAAUUUCAGACAAGGAAAUCAGCGCCCAGAUCAAUUCAGAAGAAAUAUUAAUCGAAUUCCCCGUAAUAGAAUGAUGAAUAUACAAUAUAAAAAGAAAAGGCAUCAUUAACACAUGAUUAAAAGAGAAAAUUAAA